CAAGGUUCUCUCUCUGAGGGAACAAAUUACCGACUGGCUUUAUUUGUUCAAACUACAGCCGGCGUACCAGGGAUGGGCGCAUACGACAUUUCUACUACAUCAGCGCCCACAGGGGGUACAUGCACGAUAGCUCCUUCCAGCGGUAUCUCACUGGAAACUGACUUCAAGCUGACGUGUAGUAACUGGAGGAGUGACAGCAUCCCGCUCUCUUACCAGUUCCAAUAUCAACUAGAGAACGGUCUGUAUAGUAUGUUAUUUCAUGGCUACAACAACACGGUCAGCUCUUGGUUACCGCCUGGUAAUCUGUCGGAAAAUUUCAAUGUAAAGGUCAAGGUCAUAAUCACUGAUGAUGUUGGUGCCUCUGCUUCAGUGGCAAAUUUGUCUGUGCAGGUUAAGCCAUCUGGGCGUUCGAGGCCAGAAAACAUCUCCGGCCUCCUCAUGGCUUAUGAAAGUUUACUUAACGACGUCAUCCGAGCUGGAGACUUGAGUAAAGCUGCACAAAUUGCAAAUUCUGUCCUCCAGACUGUUUCACAGGAUACGACCAUUAGUUUUCAGAAUAAGGCUAAAAUUCAAGAUUUCCUGAUCGCAAAGAUUAUCUCUCUACCAGUGAGAAAUCUUCCAGAUCUUCUCCAAAGCUCGUCUGUAAUUGGUUCUGCUCUACAGGUUACGGAUAGAAUGUCUUCUAAUACUCUGGUAUCCUCCUUGACUUCUCUUCACUCAAUGACUUCACUUCUCUGGAGAACCGCCAAGUUAAAAGAUGUGGUCGAUAUACCCCUGGUCACCCAAUCUGCAGAGAACCUGGGCUCAUGUCUCAACAGUGUACUGAAAGCUGGAGCAGUAAUUGCGUCAGGAGGUUACGGCUCUGGGCCUCAAGAGCAGGGCGUGAACUUCGUUAAGACUACAAUGCAAGUAAUUAGUUUGGUUGCUGACGCAGUAUUAGCUGUAAGAGUCCCCGAUGAAGGCAUGAUUUCCAUAGCAACGAGGGAGCUGACCAUGACAUUAGGACGCCACAGCCUUGAGAAACUUACGGGGCUUAGGAUCCAAGCAGCAGGCGGGAAAUUUGUUUUUCCUUCUGACAGCCAAUCAUUGCAGUCCAUUGUCACUGGAAAACGUUACAUUGAUACUCAGAUGUUGUCAAUUCCAUUCAAUCCUUACACUUGGGACGGAACAAAGAAGCGAGUCAACUCUGAAGUCCUAGCUCUCGACUUAAAAGACGAAAUCCGUAACGUGAUCAAAGUUUCAAAUCUCACAAGCGACAUCAUUAUUGUCACAUCACUACAGCCUCAAGAAAUCGCUACGGAGAAUCCGCAGUAUUUUACCAGAAAUGAAAAUCUACGUUUUCAUGGGAUAGAUGUUGAGUUCGAAAAUACUCUGGUAAAGCUGGAAAUUACUCCUCAUGAAUCCACUGUAAGUCUGUUUGUUUACUUGCGGUACGGCCAGCGGCCAACCAUAAAAGUGCAUGAACUCAACGCCACUGUGUCUGUGUACUCAAGGUGUGUUUGGGCGUCACGUGCGCAUGACAAAAAAGAGGAGGAAACCCAGUGUUCAUACGGUCCACUUGAACCUAUCAAAUUCUUAGCUAAGAGUCCCGGGAAAUACUUUCUUGGUGUAAAGAGCUCCAAUGCCAGCCUGGUUAUCCCCAUGAAAAGGCGUAAAAGAUCUUGUUUUGGAGAGGGACGGGAAAAGCGCUCCUGCGUCGAAGUCAAGGACCCACCAGCCACCCCACCCCGAAGCGAAAAUGUAUCAGUGGUGCCAGUUUAUGACUCUAGAACGGAUUAUAACUAUACUCUGAGGGUAACCCAAGGGAACUGCGUGCACUGGUCGGAGGAGCGAGAAAUGUGGAUAACAGACGGCUGUCAGGUUUUGUCAGCAGAAUUGAAUGGAUAUCUCAACUGUUCUUGCAAUCAUUUAACUUCGUUUGGGGGAGGCCUUUUAGUGAAACCGAAUCCAAUCGACUUCGACAAGGUCUUAAUCGAAUUCAAGAAACAUGGAGAGACUGGAAAUGUUGCUGUCAUUGUAACAGUAACUGUAUUUUUUCUCUGUUAUAUUGUUGUGCUUGUUAUCGUCCGGAAAGCAGAUAAAAAAGACAAGAGAAAUAAUGUUCUGCCAAUACAAUUGCCUUCGGCGUCGAACAACUUGCAAGAAUUCGAGAUAAUCAUUUCUACAGGUGUCUGGAGAAAUUCUGGCACAACUUCCAGGGUUGCAAUAGAAAUUUACGGAACUGGUGAAAACACUGGUAUCCUUGAGCUCAGCCCAGAAGAGCCUGGUGCAGACAAUUUGUUAUUUUCUCGAGCUAACACAGAUGUGUUCGUUCUUAAAGUUACCAAACCUCUUGGAACCAUUCAAGGAGUGCGCAUCGGUCAUGAUAACUCUGGAGAGAGUCCUUCGUGGUUUUUAGAAGAAAUUGUGAUUUUAGACAAACAAUUUAAUAAUUCCUGGAUAUUUACAGUUAAUCAGUGGUUUGCCCUUGAGCGCGGAGACGGCCGCAUCGAGCGUACCUUUGAAUUGAAACCAAAUCAACUGGAUUUCAAUCAAGAAGUUACGAACCGUUGGUGGAAAGGCCUCACUGAGUCACACAUUUGGGUUUCAGUUGCAACGAAGCCAAUAAGAAGCUGCUUCACGAGAGUACAGCGGGCAUCAUGCUGCCUUUCUGUGCUCUUAACGGCUAUGCUCGCUAAUGCGAUGUUCUAUGAAUUGGAUGGUGGCACUGAACAGAUCAUUCAAAUCGGACCACUGAAAUUUUCAUGGAGACAAGUAAUUAUUGGUAUUGAAAGCGCAUUAAUUGUGGCACCGAUUAACACUCUCAUAGUAUUCCUGUUUCAGAAAGGAGCUGAGAGGUCUGAGAGCAGCACUGGUCACUUUCCUAAAGCAACCCUGCUGAUAUAUCUUGCUUGGUUUUUGCUCUUCUGUGCAUGUGCAGUUUCGGCGGCUUUUUCAAUCUUCUACAGUUUGCUGUGGGGAAGGAGCAUCAGUGAAAAGUGGUUGUCCUCAAUGCUGAUAACGUUCAGCCAGGAUGUAGCAGUCACUGAGCCUGUCAAAGUUUUCUUCAUAGCGAUGUUUGUGGCGGCUAUUUCCAAAAGAAAAGCAAGCAAGGGAAAGGGAUAUGAAAGUCUCGAGGAACCUCAAAUUGGCCCCUCGAAGCAAAGGUUAUGGAAACUAGAGUUAACCAAGGUGGAAAAGAUGAGAAAGAAUCAAGCCAAAAAACAAAACAUUUCACAGCUUUUUGUGGACGUUUUUCUCUACCUUAUUUUCAUUUUCCUGCUAAUGGCGGUUUGUUAUGGUAACAGAAAUGACCAUCGAUUUCUGAUGACAAAGUCCAUCCGCGAGGGAUUAUCAAGAUUCAGCACUGUAGUGAACGAUAAUGAGUUUUGGAGCUGGUUAAACGACGUUUUGAUUCCAAGCGUGUUUGUGGGCAAAUGGUACAAUGGCCAAGAGGAAAAUCAGACCAUGUACAUAGGUGAUAAACAUUCUCUCCUGAUAGGAAUGGCGCGAGUAAGGCAAUUAAGAGUGAAAUCAAUCCCGUGUAAAGUCUUGGAUCACAUGAAAACUACCUUUCCGGUAUGCUACGAAGGAUACUCGGAAAGUAACGAAGACAAGACUGCAUUCCAUAAACCGGGAUGGAACCCUGUCGAUAACUCUACGAGUAAUGACGAGCUACUCCGACUUUGUCCGAAGCCAUGGAGAUACCAAAAUGCCGCGCAAGCUGACACAGCACCAAAGUGGGGACAAUUCUCAUUCUAUCCGGGAGGAGGAUUUAUUGCAGACCUCGGAUACGAUACCUCCACCGGAUAUAGCAUCGUUGAAAACCUUACGAGCUAUUAUUGGCUGGACAAGCAGACAAGAGUUGUUAUGAUGGAAUUUACCACAUUUAAUCCAUCGGUCAACCUUCUAACUGUUACUACGUAUUUCUAUGAGGUGGAAGCAUCAGGGUACAAGGCGCCUUUUACAAGGGUUGAUGUUAUUUCUUUGUAUUCGACGGAAACAACAUCAAAUAAGUUUUAUCUGAUCUGCAUACUUUUGUUCAUCGUGUUCAUACUGUUUUACCUCGGACGAGAAUGCUACAGGCUUUUUAAGCUAGGCUGUAGGUAUUUCAUUUCCAUCUGGAAUUGGGUUGAAUUCUUUCAGAUUACUUUCUCCGUUUUAGCCGUAGUAAUGUAUAUUUUACAAACGAUCAGGGUGUCUACAAAGAUCCAGAAAUUGCAAGAAAACAUUUAUGCGAAUGUAAGCUUUCAUGAAGCCAUCGUUGCGCUUGAAGUAGAGAAUGCAAUGCUGGGAAUUCUCAUUUUUAUCGUCAGUAUCAAAUUAUUGAGGAUUAUUCGGUUCAAUUCUCACAUUGCAGUGUUCGCUAAAACUCUACGUACAUCCACGCAACUUCUUUCAUCAUUCAGCUUCAAUUUAUUCAUCCUUUUCGUGGCUUUCCUACACUUUGGCGUUUUAAUUUUCGGUUAUGGAUCGGAGUUUUAUUCCUCGAUCCUAAAAGCGACAUACUUUCAGCUCGAACUUACUCUGGGUCGAGUCAAAGCCAGGCCUAUUAAUGCUUUAGCAGAAGCGAAUGACACAUUUGGAAGAAUCUUUGCUGUGCUAAUUCUAUUUAGCCUUACUAUUCUAUCCAUGAAUUUUUUCAUCGCUAUAAUGAAUGAAGCACUUUUUGAGGCAAAGGAUUCAGUGAAUCAGAGUGAACUAUAUGAUCUAGUGGGUACAUACGACUGGCCGAGGAAUGAGGAGAGGAGAGCUUUUCUUGAUUUCGUAAGUGAUGCUAUGACACGGUUGAAAUUCCAACAAACUUCCACCAUGUUGGAAGAGACCAAAGCAGGAGAUGUUGCCUCAGUAGAUUCGAGGAGAAGCAGGUCACUUCAUUUUGAUUUAAUCAGCAAGGCCAUCACAGCUUUAAGGAAAGGGGAGGUCUUAAGAUCGGUAGAUGAGACACCAAGCGACACCAGAAGAAAAUCUUUCUUUGAUAAAAUAAGUUCUCUCAUCCAAACGCGCAAAGAUGUUAGCUCCGAAGGAAAUUACAGACGACAAAUUAAAACGAAAGUGAGCUUUAGAGACGAUGUAGUCAAAUCUCAACUGAAGAAGUUACACAAAAAGAAGAAAGAUUUAUUUCAACGAUUAGAUAAUAUUGUUCAAGGAUUUUCUGAGGAGGAAGAAAAAUUCCAUUUAAUAUGUCACGAAAUAAAAGCGUAUGGCUCUGAGGAUAAAAUGGGAAACGUCAUGGUCACGGGGACUGAGACCUAAUCAUUUGCUUGAAAGUUUUGAAUUUAAUUAUGAUAAAAAUUUGAUAUAGUGAAACUGUAGAGCAAUAAAUGAAAGGACAGAGGAGAACAUGCUUGGAUCUCGUCGCUAAAGCACAAUAGCAAGCAUAAUCAAGAUAAUUUUUAAUUUCUUAAAACAUUUCUUUGUUUUUAUCUCAUUUUGUGUUGUUAUACAAAAGUUUGAAUAAUUUCCCAGCUAUUCAACCAUCAUGACAAAUCUGCAAAUAUUUAUUAAAAGGAGCCACCUUAAUCAACUGUUGUCGAUGUCGCUGGGAUUAGAAUCGCCUUCAAACUCAAAACCUUUCGUCAAUUUUGUUAUAGGGAACUCUCCCACUUUUCCGUAUGGCUGCUGAAAUAACUUUCAUUGUCAGGCGUUUUCUGAUGGAGCUUAUAUCGAGACGCUUACGGAAUCAAUGAAGCUCAGUUCAGUAGUUGUCCAACUAGUCAUCGAUCUCCGUCCCAGAAUCUUCGGAAUCGGAUUCACAUCCACGCAGGUCUUGCUCUCGAUUGCAAUUAAGAUUUUGAUUGAAAGUUUUCCUUAGAUCUUCUUAAAUGAAGACUUCGGUUAUGUUUCAUUAAGUAUGAUUUAAGUCUAGAGGACGAAGAGGAGGACGAUAUAGAAAUAUUCAGUGCAAUUAUGCAAAUUUUCCAGUUUGCGCAAGACCAUUGUUUCACCGAGCCGUAAAUCCGAACAACUUAUAGAGGCGUCAAAUAUUUCCCAGAAGCGUGCAUCUAAUCCCGAGGUCCCAGGACUCUCAUA